CCCAGAGGAAUUUCGCACGAGGUCAGAUCGGACGGCCGCAACUAUGUGCGGGAGUGCGCGUGGCCGAGCACGGCUUCUUCAACGGCGGCCAGCCGGCCGAGACCAGGAAGGGCGCCGAGCAGCUCGCGGCGCGCGCGGCGCUGCACGCGCUGGGCUACGAGAAGUCGUCGGGAGACGAAGUUUGCGGGCGUGCGGGACGUGGACGCCUCCGCGGACAGCCUCUACAAGCGAACCCACGGCAUGUCGAAGGAGCAGCGGAUGCAGGAGUGGCCGAGCAGGAGGCGACCAGGCUCUUCGAGCUCUUCCCCCCCGAGGCAAAGCUGGUCCUCGGCACCAAGGGCGCCAAGCACUUGCUGCAGUACAAGGUCCACCUGUGCCCCGAGUACGAGAGGGGGCGGACGUGCUGGCGGAAGAAGUACUGCACCUUUGCCCACGGCUACGAGGAUGGAAAUGCUCCAGUGCAGCGUUGCGGAGCGGAUCCGAGCAGCUGGCAAGGCUAUGCUCGAGCUGGGGGCGGAGCGCUUCUGGGAGCAGGCGGUGGAGGCGGCGGAGUCCCUGAGUGA